UCUACCAUGUGACUUGUAGUCUUAAAACAAGGAAGUAAACAGUUGGAAAUGUGUCUGCCUGGCUACAGGCAGGUUUUCAGUAGUGCGUAAAGAUGAAACACGGGACAUUUAUACUGUGCUUUGCGCUUUUGUACUGUUUUCAGGAAGGUGCACUUUCCAGAGGCGUCAACGGACAGCAGACAUGGCCAGUGCCCUACAGGCGAUUUGAUCAUCGUCCCGGAACGGAUCCAUACUGUCAAGCUUUGUACCCGUUCUGCCCGACCGGAGACCGGGAUGGUCGUAUUCCUUACAUGAAAAAUACAGAUGUGAUUGAAGUGUUUCGACUUCAAGCUCCCGUAUGGGAAUUUAAGUAUGGAGACCUCCUCGGGAAAAUUCACAUUAUGCACGACGCCAUUGGGUUCAGAAGCUUUGACACCGGGAGAAAUUACACGAUGGAGUGGUACGAACUCUUCCAACUGGGAAACUGCACCUUCCCUCACUUACGACCAGAUGUCAGCGCCCCCUUCUGGUGCAAUCAAGGAGCUGCCUGCUUUUUCGAAGGCAUCGACGACGUUCACUGGAUGCAAAAUGGAACCCUGGAGAAAAUUGGGAAGAUGACAGGUGCACAGUUCAAUGAAAUGGCCCAGUGGGUUCAGAAGGACAAUGACACGGGGAUCUUCUACGAGACGUGGACCGUGCGAGCCGACCCCAGCCCAAACUCCACGGUGUGGUUCGAUUCCUAUGACUGCUCGCAGUUUGUGCAUCGCACAUACAGGAAGCUGGCCGAGAUGGGGGUGAGUCUCACCAGCAGCGCCCAAACCAACUACACAAAGAUCUACCUGUUCAGCGGAGAGCCCAGCUACCUGGGGAAUGACAGCUCCAUCUUCGGACGGUCCUCCAUGAAAGAGCUGGCCGCCAGCAUCAGGGCCUUCUACAGCUCAUUCCAACCGCACCAGUCGCCCCAGGAGCUUGUCCUCAGCCUCCUGCACAUCUUUGAGAACGUGGUGUUAGAGAAGACCUUUUACCUCUUCUACAACUUUGAGUACUGGCACUUACCCAUGAAGCCCCCUUAUGUCAGAAUCACCUAUGAGGAGAUUCCUUUGCCAUGACUGGUCAAAUGGUCGUGGAAAUCUUGGAUGUGACCAGGGCAAAAAGCUGCAUUGUUAAGCAAGUAAAAAUUCACAUGGAAAGACUGAAACUUUUUUCACAAAGCUGUAAUCAAAAUUCUUGCCUGGAUUAAAAAAAAAAAAAAAGUAAUUACUCAGAGUAAUGUGAGAAUGUAAAGCAGGUUAUUUCCACAUGCUAGAAGACACUGGUGGCUUCAUGUCCCACAGAUCGCCCUUUGUGAUUGAGCGCUGAGAGAAACUCAGACCCUGUUGUGCAUUUGCACUUAACUGGUGAGCGUGGCGGGGCUGAGAAUAAUACUGCUUCACAAUCCGUUAACUUUACACCGCUGCACAAAAAAUACACUGUGUGCAGCGGCUCGAUACGCAUCUGUAAACAUUUCGUGUGUACGAGAUCUUUGAGGGGUUUCUCGUACUGCAUCUCCGUGUAAAUGCUGAUCUGUGGCAUUGCAAGAUUAUUUUCUGCAGGGAAGAGUAAAGCAAUUGAAGAAUGUAUAGAAUGUAUGCAGACGAUAAAGAAAAUGUGUUCUCAUUCUGUGUGCUAACUGACUUACAAAUAAGAAUAAACACAGCGCUGGACUUGC